ACAGCAAAACAAUGAGAUGUUGAAAAAUGGCACUUCAAUAGCCAGGUUUUAAUGGAAGAGAGUUUUCGUAUCUAACUUAAUAAUCACAAUCAUGAAUUACAUUGUGUUCUCGCUGUAGUGGUCAAUAUGAACAUCACAUUAUGGGGCUGGAUGGGGCUCACCCUUGUCCUGUUCAUUACAACAUUUGGUUUUAUAUUUUGCCUCACCGCUACCUUGAUUGUAAUAUUUAUUUUAAUAGGUGGUUUAGCUCUACUUUUUGUACGGCAAGAUAAAACAGUGACGGACAAGUAUAGAGAUGGGAGAGCCCCAGUCGAUAUCCCUGGCUUAUACAAGAUUGUCUCAGCAAUGAAGGAGCCUCCGAGAGAGCUGAAGGCGGAUCGUCGUCUCACAGGGUCACAGAUAAUUGAUGAUCAGCUGCAAGAGAUUCUAACCUACCUGAUCAGAGACUACGUUUACCCAUGGUAUGAUCCGCUGAGUGCUGAUGAAGAAGCCCCACAUCAAAUCCGCAUCUUAGCUCAGAGGAUUAUUGUUUCCUUCGCCUCCAGGAUGAAGGAAAUAGACUGGAUUCCGUACCUGACAACGCGGCUCGUGGACGACGCCGCAUCACAUCUGCGUCUGUUCAGACAGGCACGCGCCAAGAUGAAGGGAGGGGGUAGCAGUAGUACGGGGGGAGGUGGACACGGCCGCAUGCCCAGUGGUGGGGGAAUCACCCCUCCUACGCUGGAAUCUGUGUUCUUCGACCUUGAACUGACGAUGGAAGAAAACAACGUCUGCAGAGAUCACAUCUGCUUGGACAGUGAAAAUGAGAAAAGUUUCCUGCGAGAGUUAACUCAAGUGAUCCUCUACCUGCUGACUACAGAGGAGGACUUCCACUGUGGAGCUCUGUGCUGUCUGGUGAGAGAGAUAUGUGUCAACCAGGUUCUGGUGCCUAUCAUGGACCUGGUCUCCGACCCAGACUACAUCAACCAGAUCAUCAUCUGGCUGUGCAAGGACAUACCUGUCACCAGUGAGGUGUUCCUUACAACACUCCGAGUGACAGAUAACAUGGAAGAGUUGUCAGCUACCAGGGAACUGCUUGUCAAAGAGAUGUCUACUCUGAGGUCCCGAGAUUCAGGCGGAGAUGAUGACACUUGGGUCAAACAGCAGCUGAGUAGCCUCGCCUACGUGCAGCGGAUAAUAGAGUCUCGACUGGCAAGAUUAGAGGAAGGGGCGGACACAGAUUCUGCUGAUCUCCCCACGACAGACUACUCAAAACUGCUCUCUGCUGGACACAAGCUCUUCAUGUUGCCGUUGGACGUGAUCCUCAAGAACAACGUGGCUCUCUCGUACUUCAUUGAUUACAUGUCCUCAGUCGGAGCCCAAGCUUACCUAUUUUUCUACCUCAAUGUUGAAGGAUGGCGAGUAUCAGUGGAACAGCAGAUGUCAGACCUGGCGCUGCAGAAGCUCAGGUCUCCGUCAGAGCAGGACGUUGGUGUAGACGUGUUGGCCGCCCUGGAGCACACAUCAACACCACAACAGGUCCUGGACAGGAUACGAGAGGCAGCUUACAGCAUCUUUGAACAGUAUCUGUCUGAGAAGGCCUCACCUAGACUUAGGAUAGAAGAGUCUCUAGUCAAGAGGUUACUGCUAAGGAUAAGAACAGAGACUCCAGUAGAGACGUGGUUUGACGAAGUUCAAGCGGCGGUUUACGAGAAAUUACAGACUGAAGAGAAAUUUCUGAAUGGGUUCCGCAACAACGUAGCGUAUGUGAAGCUAUUGGCCGAGCUUGAGCUACUAAAGGAGCCGCUGAAGAGUGACGAUGAGGAUACGGGGAGUGUAGACGAGCUCAGUCUAGGCUCUACAUCUGAGACAGCCAGUCUGUCUUCACUGACUCUGACCUUGGACCACAGAGAAGGUUCUGGAGACAGUGUUGAAGGCAGCAACCAUCUACAAGCUGUGGUCAAUGUUACUCCAGCCAGUCCCACCCACAGUGCACUGACUACACAGAACACUGACUGUAAGGGUCCUUACAUGCUGUCUGCGGAGAUUAUUGAAACUGGGGUAGUCAAUGAAAAGGGGAAGACGUUUGGGAUCUAUGCGAUGUCUGUCACCAAGAAAUACGACUCUGGCAGCAAGGAAACCUGGCACAUAUACAGACGCUACUCAGACUUCUAUGAACUCCAUCAGAAAGUCAGAGAUAAGUACGCAGAUCUGGGAAAGCUCCAGUUCCCUGGCAAAAAGACAUUUCACAAUAUGGAUCGUCGAGUGCUGGAACGCCGGAUGAAGAUGCUCAAUGACUAUUUGCAGACACUGCUGCACUCCAGUGUUCUAGCCUCGCACCCGAGUCUGCGUGCGUUGCUGUUGACGUUCCUUGAGCCCGGCGACUACGACAAGGGAGUCUCAGGCGGCCAGAUUGUCAAGACGUUGGACAACCUGCUAGUGAACCCAUUGAAGGCUGUGGUUGGCCAGACUGUCCGCACUCUACCUGAUAAUCUCCUCAGCACUGUGGAUGGAGUGAUGGAUGGCCUCAGCAAGGUGCUGCAGUACAGCGGAGUCAAGCCUUCCAGGGACGACAGCAUUGACGCAGAGUCCUGCAAAGUGGGCGCUUCUUUAGACAUUGAGACUGACGACAACAUUCCCCUCCGCAUCAUGUUGCUGAUGAUGACGGAAGUGUUUGAGUUGAAGAGUCGUAACCAGUGGCUGCGUCGUCGCAUUGUCACAUUGUUGCGGCAGAUCGUGAGAACCAUGUUUGGCGACAUAGUCAACAGACGUAUCGUGGACUACGUGUUCGCUCUCACCAGUCCUCAUCAAGUUGCUGACUACCUGCGCUCUUUCAAACAUUCCUAUUGGCCACAUGGUCUCAAGGCUGAGCCGAAGCUACCGAGAGAUGAGAUGACCAGAGCUAGGACGAGAGUUGCUGCCAAGAUAGCUCUACUCUCCAGCCUUUCUGACGAGCUGAAGCACAUACUGGGCAGUGAGACGUCUCGCCGCGGACUGCUCUCAGUAUUCCAGCUGUUCCAGCAUCGAGUGCUCAACCGUCGUCUGCUCUAUGUGUUGCUGGAGGGUGUGCUGACGACACUGUUCUCCCACGACCACCCACUAGAAGCCAUCUUCACACGGCUCCACUCCCGGUCGCCACGCGUCGUCAAGAAUAACCUCGCUCGAGCUGGCGCGCGCCGGUGAUCACCGUUCCUACUCUAGGCUGGACAUGUUUCAUAGUCUACAUAUAUAUUUUUUAUGUAUUUUUCAGGUGUGAAAAAUAUCUCGGCGAGUAAUUUGUAUGUGGUGGCUAUUCACUAUUGAAAUACCUUUUUGAAUGCAUAUGCAAAACCACUCAUAUGCUUGUUUUAGGAUAUUAUCAGGGGAGAUAACAAAAACUCGUUAAGCUUCUUCUGUGUGUUAGUUUCAUGGGGUGGUUAAAAAUUUAAUUAAUUCACGACCAAAUAUCGUUAUGAAUUAACUGGAAGAGAAACUACUUCUAUUUAAUUAUAAUAAGUUGUUUUAUUAGUCAACAUUUUUUUAAGUGUACUUGGGGAACUGAACAAUAAUGAUUUCGUUAAGGAGCAUUUGAAUAGUUUAAAAACUUGUUAGGAAUAGUGUUGUUUUGUUCAAAAAUUUACAGGUCUACUUUUUCAUUCAAUUGAAGUAUUUCAAAAGUGAAUAGUCACUAAUAGUUUGAGCAUUUUACUUAAACAUUCCAAGAAACAUGGUGAAUGUGUUAAGAGUUACCAUAUGGUACCUGAAUUGUAUUGUUUUUAUUUUAAAACAGGCUAAGUCCAAACUAAACGCCAUUCAAAUAUGCAAGCCAUGUUCAUAUCAGUAAUGGUAAUGUUAAUUUUUUACCAAUAUUGCAAUGUAUUCUUAUUUUUAUAUCAACAUACGCCAUACAGCUUUUGUGAACAGCAAAUAUUUUUGUAAUUCGACCAAAAUGUAAAUGUUUAUUUACCUAAUCAAUCUCAUUCAUUUAUUUUUGUUUGUACCACAACAUAAAUCAUCACAAACAUUCGGGUAUAUUUACAAGUGCUUUACCCUCUUAAUAAGAUUCCUCAGAUCUGGUAUGAAGCACAAGUUCAGAUAUAUUCUAUUUAAUUUACAAUAUUGUCUUCAAUAACUUUUACCAUGUAACCCUGCAAAACAUCUUAGUUAUGUUAUAAUUAAUUGCGUUCUUUAGGUAAAGUAUAUUUCAGUCUCAAGAGAUAUUAUAAAAUAUUAAUGCAAAAUAUCAGAGCUUUAUUUUUUAUGUUUUGUGAGCAAAUAUAUUUUACAUUAAUAUUUUUUGCAGAACAAAUAGCAGUUGAUGUCAGGGUCGGUUUCAUGAGAAAAUUAUUUAAUCUACUAAAUAAUGUUUUAGACUUAUUUUGUCUUAUUUGCCUUUAAAUCCUAAAAAAAUAAAAAAAAAGGUUUUGUUGAAAUAUAUCACAUUUAUUGCAUUUGCAAUAGAAUAAUAUUGCUUACAGUUAACUAAAUGCACGUUUGUUUACUCUAAAGAAUUCUUCAGUUUCAAAAAAGUAUGAUUUCUACGGUUAUGUUGUUUUGUAAACACGAGUUUGGUUGGCAAAACAGUAAAACAACGAAGACUAUGUGCUGUGACUGUUCUAUUGUCAUUUGUUUGUAAGGACUUCCUAUGUAUUGAUAGGGUUAGGCUAGGUUAACAAUUGGUUUUUGUCUCUUGAGGUCAUACACAAAACAUUAUUUUAAUUUCACUUCUAUGCAUAAACAUUGCAACGCUUUUGUAUGCCCUCUCGAUUAUAAUAAAUCAAACAUUCAAUAUUACUAUUGUCACAUUCCAUCUUAGGAUUUUGUUGAAUAUUGAUUGAUUUGGGAAAAUUAGUCAUGAAUCUAACCUCUUGCUCCUUUUUAUCCCUUUUUUCAGAGGUCAUAAAAAUGUCUGUGAUCAUAUUUUAAAGAAAAUAAAACCAAUACAUCUCAAAUUCAAUGUACUGAAUAUAUGAAUAUAGACAUUCUUCAAUUCUUAAAGUUUUUUAGUGAGCUACUGGCAUGGUUAACUUGAAGUCCAAAAUCAUCAUAGAAUCUAGUUUGUAGCACAUAAAAUGUUUGAAACUUCAAAGUAAAGCUAUAUCAUAAAAACCUGCAUUGACUCGUUCAGAUCUCUGUUCUGGUUGCUUAUUGUCUGAUUAUUUUCUAAUUUUCUCACAAAAACUUUCUUUUGUCGGUUUUAAACAAAUCUCUGUAGUCGAAGAUUUAUUUUCUAGCAAAUUCAUAAUACUAUAGAAACCCUCAUAUCCGACCUGGGCAUAACUGACUCCUCAGUAUAUCCGACCUAGUGUCCAGCCGUCUACUUCGCAAGGUGGUCACACAAUUUUUCCGGCAGCAAAACCUGGAUUUUGUGGUCACCACGUGUACCUUUUACUAAUGCUCCGCGAGUCCCCUGGUAUUUUUUGGUCGGAUCGGGCCAACAGAUGUACCGAAGAAUCUAUUUGGGCGGAAAAAUAAUGAUUAGUAGGAGUCAAGCCGAGUGUUAAUUUCAUCGAUUGCAGAAAUUAAUUGCUGUGAUGCUGAAAAUUUAUAUUUUUUUUAGAUUGUUGGGGAUUUUUAUGUUAUGCCGCAAUCGAGGUUGACGAUGAUGUUGCUGUGGCCAUGGAAGAUGCUCACAAAUUUGGCGUGGUCACAAAAAAUGUUCUCGAUUUUGAAAUUGCCGUAGGAGAUCGUUCACGAUCGCAGACAAUGCUUUAACAGUCGGUAUCUUCAUGCGCUAACGGAGAUUUCUGAGUGUUUGAGCAAUUAAAUUCAGUACUUGGCUGUCUGUGAAACCCUUUUGUCCUUAAUCCAAACAACAUUAAUGGCACCAAAACUGGUUUUACCAGUUAAUUUCACUAUGCCAAAUUCUUGGUUUUUUUCUUACUUAUAUCCUCCAAAGGUUUUUUCUCCUCCUGAUAUCCGCCCUUUUGGCCAUCUGACCAUGGCCCAGUUCUGUCAUGAUAACAUUAUUUGCUUAGUGACACAAUCAAAAUAAAAGAAAUUACAUCAUACAUUUUUUACUUUUGUAGAAAAAUGUGUAUGGCCCCAUCCCAUACUCAAGUGAUAGACAAUAGUCAGGUUUCUACAAUCAAAUUGUCACAUCAGAAUAGCAUUAGCUUAAAGUGUGGAACACAUUAAGUAAUGAAUGGUAGGCCUCCUAGCUGUGGACAGAGAUACAACAAUAAAUUUAUAUGACCCUCUAUGUUUAAUUUAUUUUGAUAAGAGGAUUGGAUUUUUCAGUUUUGUGGAUUUAAAUAAUUUUCAUACUUAAAUAUAUUCUUAGAUUUAUUUUCUGUUCUUAUUUAUCAAUAUUUAUUAGAUUAACUGUAAAAAAAAAAACACACAAAACUGUCAAAAGUUUCUUUGUAUUGUGAUAAUUAUAUUUUUUGGUUGGUGUAUUCCAUUAUACUACUAUUAUUGUUGUAAUAUAAAUAGACAGAAAAUAUUUUGAUUUAAUUUUAAUAUUUAAAUCAUUUAGAUACAGAUAAGAUUAUUUUGUUUAGUUAUAGAUAACUUCUUUCUUAUUUUUGCCCCUAGUUUGCUACAUCAUUAUACAGAUACUCUCGCUGAAUGCUAACAAUCAUCCAACAUCACUGGUUCUAUCAAACAGAUACUUUUGAUAUUAAAAAAAUUCCGUCCUUGUUAGUUAUUGUACAUUUUUGUUUUUCUUGAUACAUAAGUAUUUUAUUAGGCCGUUAUAGUUUGUAGUCAGUUAAGUUUUUUACAAGCCCAGCAUAUUAAGUUAGCAAUAAGUUUUAAAGCAAUCCUUCUUUCACAGUCCACAGGACCUAUCUCGAGACCAAUCACAGACUGAAUGGGUUAGCGUUUAACGUUCAUACAAUCGCCAACAAGCGUCUACUCUGUAUAUACUAUGCGGUAUACUGUAACUGGUAUGUGUUCAUAUUGUGUAUUCUAGUGUACAAAUGUAAGAAAUUAAUGUCCCCGUGUAGUGUACCAGUGUAUUUAAUACCUAGAAAAAGAAAAUCAAUUUCUGAUGGUGUGCUUGUUGUGUAGUUUAUUUUAAUUCGGCAGUUUAUAAAACCUAUUUUGUUUUAAUUUUUCAGUUUAUUGAGUUUUUCCGUUAAAAUGAUUAACUUGGGCGUUGAUUAAAGUUUUCUGCAUUGGUUACUAUUCAUUGAGCUUUGUGAAGGCAAUCUUGAUGCUUGUAGUUUAAUAAAUGACAAUCUAGAUUAUGCCAAAUUGUGUAAAGCCUAUUCUAUCAACAAUUUAUUACCAUACGUAAGACUUAUAUUGGAACGAGGCAUUGUAAAUGUAAAAGUCUGAAUUCUAUUUUAUAUGUUUAGUAUUCAUCACUAAACAGCACCCUAUACUUUUUUUGCAUGUGUUUACGCCAUAGAUUUUCCAGAAUUGGACCUGUCUCUCCCAUACCGAAGUCUGAGACAAUAAGUAGCCUAUUAGGCUAGCAACACACCUAACUUUAGUCCAGUACUGACUUGUUUACUUGUUUCUUGGUUCGGUGUAUCUUGCCAUCAGGCCUAAGGCCAUUUGGAUGGGCAAAUUAAAGUAACUAAAUUGUAUUUUGAUUUUCAGCAAUGAACCAAACACGAAUUACUAUUUUCUCAAUUCAAUAAACAUUAAAUAUAAAUUUGUUCUUUAUGGUCUUUAUGCAAAUCAUAUUAUAUCAGUAUAGUAAUUAGUGAAUAGAAAAUUUGUGAAAGCAUUCUGAUUAUACUCUUUGUAGUUUUAUCUCAAUUGAAGUUUAAAACAUAAUAGUAAACACAUUCCACAUCUAAUAUAUAAAACUAUUAAUGAAACCUAAAUUUUAACAUUGCUCCACAUUUACAAUAUUAAUAUCAAAAGUGCUUGUUUGGUUUAUUAAGUCUAGCUUUCUACUUAUAUUUUUACUGUCGGAAGGGAAAAGUGAAGUAUUUGAUGUGAUGUUAUUGUUAAUUUUUCAUCUCAAAGACAGCUAAUGAAGUAUUAUUCCCAUAUAUUUUUAAUUCAACGUUUAAUGUCACAACUAUACGAGCAUAGAAAAAUAGAAUAAAUAUAGACUGUCAAAGGAAGGCUCCUCGAUUUGCCGUUAGAAGUCCCGUGAGGUUACGGCGCACACCGCUGCAGGCAAGGAGCGCAGGAGCCGUAUGCUAUAGGUCGAUUAGCAUUAGCGCGCAGGUUCUUUUCUAAGCGGUCGACCUAUACCAGCAGACGCUGCAGCAGUGUGUACCGUAACUACACAGCAACUACACGGCACUCCUAGCGGUGGGUGCCGUAACAUAAGCAAACUGCAGCACUGAUGACAGUCUAUAUUUAUUUUUUUUUGUCUGUGAUACGAGUUAACAGUUCAUUGCAAAUUCAUAUACUUAUUAUUUGUAAUAUAUAUUGUUUGUAAAAAGAUAUUGAACUUUAAGAGCUACAUUCUCGUAAUGAAUUUUAUUCAACUAUCUAAAAAAACAUUAUGCCAACAUUUCUUAAAAUUAAUCAACUCUAUUUGUAGGUAAUUAUCAAUCAAAUAUUUAUUUUUAUAAAUUUGUAUUUUAUACUCUGACGCUUUAAUUAUGUUAAGUUUAUGGACCUUUUAAAUUAGUUUAUAACAGUGUAAAAAAUAACUCUAGUUUAUCAGUAAGCUUGCUGGUACUUAACACAUUUAGAUGACAAUUAAUUAACAUCCAAAUCCGAAAAAAUGUUUUGAGGCUUUACACAUAUUUUUAUCUUGGGAAUUUUUUUAUAUAAUAACUAUAGUUUCAAUUGUUUUUUAUUUGUGGUUUUUGAAUUUCAUUUAAUGAUCAUAAUAUUGUGUAUUAUUGUUAAUCAUACCAGUAAGCGGUAUAGUCAGAUUGUGAUAUUUUAUAGUUUUAAUUGUACAUUCUUUAUUGUCGAGUAUUAAUUGUAUAUUUUACUCUUGUUUGUCUUCUUCUUUUCCAACAUUUCCGCAUCGUAAGUGUCAAUAUUGCUUUCCUUGUUGUUAACUGUUGUACUUUAUAAAGGUACAUUGUACGCAUUGUGAAAAUGUAAAAAUUCAUUACGGUUAGCAAUAAAUA